CCUAUUCUUCCUCAGGCUGGUCUAGGCUGCCUAAAAACCCCCCACAAUUCCUUCAAGUCUUUCCCCAGCAAGUCCCAGCCAAACUUUUUUAACAGUGCUAGAAGAGAAAAGAGAGAAGGAAAAAAAGUACAAAAAGCUACUAAGAGAAUUGGAGCUAAUUCUUAGGUCUCGAGCCAAUCAACCUAUUAGACACGGUCUAAAGUGUGUGCCCAAUUGGUCUGGAAAGAAGAAAAAAAAUAAAUCCCGUCCUUUUGCCUUUGACGUCCAUCCCCUCCAAAGCCCUGGUCCAGCUCUACUUUUUUUUCUCUCUACCCCCUCCUCUGGAUCUUCUUCACUCUUCAAAACCUCCCCUCCCUCUACAAAUAAGUCCACCAACUUCAAGUUCGGUCUCGGACAUCCAGCUUUGCCUAUUGCGCAUCUUGCUUUCUCUUCCACUUAUCAGCUACUCACUUUCACUUCGGUCAAUCCUUCAAAAUGGCGGACGAGUUCGAGAUCGACAACCAGGGUGACGCCGGUGCGUCCAACACCUUCCCCAUGCAAUGUUCGGCUCUCCGAAAGAACGGCGCCGUCGUCAUCAAGGGCCGUCCUUGCAAGAUCGUCGACAUGUCUACCUCCAAGACUGGAAAGCACGGUCACGCCAAGGUCCAUCUUGUUGGUAUCGACAUCUUCACCGGCAAGAAGCUUGAAGAACUCUGCCCCUCCACCCACAACAUGGAGGUCCCCGUCGUCAAGACCAAGCAGUACAACUUCUCCCACAUCGAGGAUGGUUUCCUUGUCCUUCACGACAUGAACACCUCUGAGGAGCGCAGCGACAUCAAGCUUCCCGAGGGAGACAUCGGCAACAAGAUCGAGGCUGCCGAUGACGCCCAGACCCCUCUUAUCAUCACCAUUCAGUCUGCUAUGGGUGAAGAGGCUGCCAUCAAGGCCGACGAGCCCAGCCAGAAGGACUAAGUCUCCUACAGGGAGACUUAGAGGCUCGUGCGGACGAUGUCGGGUCCUCAAGCUCUGCUAAUGCCUCUGCCAACUUGGACAUCACCUGAAGGGGAUUCUUUAACUAGGAAACUAGUAGUUAGGCUCAUGGUGGACAAUCGUCCAUAGUCGGUUCACCUUAGGAUUUAUUCAUUGCUGUGCUAUCCACCGUGGGGGAACACGGCGGGUCAUGGCAGUUUGUACGGCAAUCCUACAGAUCUCGCAUCUGUCCCAUCUCUUUUGAGGAACAAAAACGAUGUGCAUUGGGAGGAUCAUAGCAAAACAGAUUUCCUGUUUGAAUGGCACAUGACUUGUCAUGCGGGAUCUACGAUAUGAUAUUUUUCUCUUAUGAACCUUAGUGAUUUCGAUGACCAAUCUUACGUGAUUUCAGGAAUACACACGUGUUGAGGUUAAUUGUGCGUGAAACUAUCAGUAAAUAACGCCAAGGACCGGUUCGGAAUAAUAUUGCGCAUUUCUAACGUCAUUGCAAUAAGUCACUUCCGAAAGUUGCCCCUUACUUGUAAGAAAGUAACAUUGCAAAGCUUCAAUCUAACCCCGGUUAUUGGGUAGAUAGGCUCUAUGUUGGUCCAAGUAACAGAAGCAUUCAAACUUCGAGACUGGGGUAUUCUCUCUGGUAUGAUUUAUCAGAUUAAAGUAAUUCAUAGUCCGGAUAUAAAUUGCAUAACCUGAGCACUUAUAAGAUUUAGACUUUUCAGGGAUGAAAAA